AUGGGGGCUUCAGGGCCGGUCAUCGCCAACGUUUUAGUGGAUCACCCUGAAGCCGUCUUGUGCAACCCAGAGGAGAUGACAGCUCAAAGGGAACUGUGGGUGUCUGUGUGUCCGAACAAGAAAGAGCUCAUCGGUAUUAUCGAGAAGUUCCCCGCUUCGUUCUUCACCUCCGCCAGUCACCACAACAACCAACGCAACAACAUCGCUUACUUUCAGAGCUUGAAUCUAAACAAACGCAUUAUCACCAAGCUCAUGGCCAGCGCGCCUCAGAGCUUCAGCCGCCCAGUGGAACAAAACCAAGUGAUGGUGGACACUUUGCAGCGCUCCUAUUUAGAACUGGGAGGGGAGAAACUCAACAUGAAGAUAUGGUUACAGAAACUGCUCAGCCAAAACCCAUUCGUCCUGUUGAAAUCCGCUGAAGCGCUACGCCAAAACCUACUCUUCCUCCGAGACAGAGGCUUCACCACCGCAGAGCUGCUCCACCUUCUCUCCAAGCUCCGCGGCUUCGUCACUGAGCUUCACCCAGACAGCAUGAACCAAACUCUGCAAUACUCCCAGGAGAUGAUGGCUUGUUCUGGAGACGAGCUCCGGGAAAUUGUCCUGAAAUGCCCGGCUCUUUUGUACUACCCCAAACACAUCUUGACGGAGCGCUUCGAGGGCCUGCUGGGAGCUGGGAUCAGUGUGUCUCAGAUCAUAGACACGCCCACUGUCUUGGAGCUGACCACGCAGAUCGUCAACUACCGGCUGCAGAAACUGGCGGCCCAUGGUUAUGAUGCAAGGACGGGUUCUUUAGAUGUUCUCAACGGCACCAAAAAGGACUUCGAACAAAGCUACGGGAAGCUAAGGCUACGCGUGGAGAGGCCGCUGUUCAACCCGGUCGCUCCUUUGAAAACAUAUGAUUGA